AUGGCAGACCCUUAUAACCAGUACACGUCGUACUCGACACCUCCAGGUUACAACCCGAGCGAACAUGCCUACCAGCAACCAUACGGCCAUGCGCAGCCGCUGCAGGAACCAAACUAUCAGUAUGCCCCGCAGCCAGGCGCAUACAACCAAGGUACACCAGGACCGAGUUACACACCCGGCCCAGAAUACCAGAGAGUGAAUGCAGGACCAACCCAGAGCGGUGAAAAUCUGGGAUACUAUGGUGGCCAUCCCGCCGAACAAACUCGAUUCUCCCCUCACCCGCCGUCUGUGCAUGUAUCUGGAUCUGAAGAUGAGGCACAGCGUGGCAGUGGUGCCGAGUCCGGAACUGAACGUGGUUUCGCAGGAACUCUUGCUGGUGGUGCGGCUGGUUAUUACCUUGGGCAUAAGAAGGAUCACGGACUGCUUGGUGCCUUGGGUGGGGCUAUCGCUGGAAAUAUGAUUCAAAACAAGGUCAAGGAUCACAAGGGGGAUCAUGGUCGUCACUCGUCGGGCCGACAUGAACAUGAUCACCUGGCCACAGUCACCAUGGCCACCAUGAGCAUGGCCAUCAUGAGCAUGGUCAUCACCACCAUCAUCAUCAUGGACAUAGCCACGGCAGUCACAGCAGUCACAGCCGGAGCCACAGCCGCCACUCUCGACACCACUCGGAUGAUGACUACUAGGUGGAUGUGGAUAGAAUAUUUGCAAUGA